UUUUAUAGUUAAAUAAUCGUAAACAAUUGGUUAUUACUGAAAUGGAAACACCAAAACGUGUUAUGCGUAAUUUACAUCUCACUAAUGUGCAAGAACCCCAAACACCAUUUAAAGUACCAGCUUCGCCACUCAUGAAAAGUUUGGGCUAUGGCACUGGUGUUAAUGUUUACUAUUUGGAACGUUCUCCGCGCUCUACUGGACAGUUACGUUCCCCUUGGGCAAUUAAAAGAGUUUCAAAGCGCACUAUAGCUGCGAACAAAGAGAAUUCCAAACUUUUCAAUGAGCGAAUAGUUAAGGAGGCUGAAAUUUUGCGCCAAUUAAAACAUCCAAAUAUUGUGGGCUUUCGGGCCAUAAAGCAGGAUGAGAAUGAUGGAGUUGAAACGCUAGCAUUGGAAUGUUGUAGUACAUCAUUGGGAAUGUUAUUGGAAAAACGUUUCGAAGAUGAUUUGGAUGCUUUGCCCGCAAUCCAUAUUAAAAAAAUGAUGAGUGAUAUUUCCAGUGCUUUGGAUUAUUUACAUACUGAAGCGAAAAUGCUGCACGGAGAUUUAAAGUCGCAUAAUGUUUUGGUUAAAGGUGAUUUUGAAAUAUGUAAACUUUGUGAUUUUGGUGUAAGUUUGCCACUUAACAAGGGUGUUGUGAAUUUCAACGAAAAUCCUCAGCUUCACUACGUCGGAACAAAUCUAUGGUCUGCACCGGAAAUCAUUAGCGAAGAGGAUGUUAUUGACCAUAAGGCUGAAAUAUUCAGUUUUGGCUUAAUAAUAUAUGAAACUAUUUCUUUGGUACCACCGCAUACCAUCAAUUUGGACGAUACAAAGAGUGAAGUAGAUUCAGAUGCUGUAGAUGAAGAUGAGAAACCGGGAGACUUUACUCUUAUGGAAAUGGCUUACGGCACUAGACCUCCUUUACCCCAGGCAUUUAGUCUAAGUAGUGAUUAUAACACUAUAGUGGAGCUGUUUUAUUUGUGUACAAAUACUUGUCCUGACCAUCGUCCAUCGGCAAAGAUUAUUUAUGAUUCAUUAAAAAAGUUGGGAGAAAAUCAAUAACUUUUUGUUCUUCAACAACAACAUACAUAUAUAAAUCUUCUAAUUUUUUUAUUUUAACUGGUUAAAUUCUGUAUGUGUACCUAAGAUUUUUAUAAAAUAAAUAUAAUAAUGCCGCAAAA